CCUGGCGACUAGUAAAAUAGUACUCCAGCUCUGGAGCACUCGUAGCAAGUACCACCGGCAGAGAGCUAGCAGUGGCACGAGCCAACCGGAUUCGCUUCAUAUCCUUGUCCCAACAGCCAGGCAGACGAGCAGCAACAGCGAGGUAGGUGCUGAUUAUCUAUAGAGAGACCGCGGCCAGUGAUGGACGACUUCACCUUCCCUACAACGGCCGCCGCGGCAGAGCAUGCGGAGCCACUGUUCCUACAUCACCACCACCGCCUUCUCCCCUUCCCCCACUUCGCCUCCUCGCCGCUCUGGUUUCCCGGCGACGGCGUCGCCGUUACACCGGUGGUGGCCGUGGUGAGCCGCCGAGCCGUCGACGGCAUGGAAGAGCAACAGCCCGCGUCGUCGGACUCGGCCGCCGGACGACGGUCCAAGGGGGAGAGGGGAGGAGAAGCGGAUGAAGGGGCGGUCGUGCGCGCUGCCAGCGCGGACGGCGAGGACAAGAUGGACAUGCUGUGGGAGAACUUCAACGAGGAGCUGGAGGCGCUGCGGCGCGCCGGUUCUUGCCCGAAGAAGACGGCGGCGGCGUGCGGGCUGGACGAGCUGUCGGACACGGAGUCGGAGGCGGGGGAGCGCGGGCGCGGGUGCGCACCGAUGCUGCGGGCGUCGUCGAGGGCCGGCGGGACGGGGCAGUACUACCGCCGGAGCGGCAGCUGGGUGCUGCUCAUGAGGAUCUUCAAGAGGCUCUUCGUCGUCGAGAAGACGGCCGUCUCCGCCGCGCAUCGGCGCCGCUAGGCCAAGGCAGCAGAGUGAUGCGUACAUGCACACAGCACACGUACAGCAUGCACAAUCGCCCGAGGCAUCCCUGUGAUGCAAAUGCCGAGUAAAUUAAGUUAUACUAGACGGACAUGAGUUGAUUAAGCGUUCAUGAUGGGUGUAACUAGAGUCCAUCGGAUAUAGAGGAAUUCAGCAUAUAUCACUCCAUUGUUUUGCAUCAUCAUCGUUCCUAGCUACUCCUUUUGUUUCUGUAAAAUAUAUAGAAAGUCAAGGUCCGUGGAGAUUCUUUUGUAUU